AUGAACAGAAAAGUUGGAUCUCUAGAUAUCCCAGCAGGAUCACUACCAGCUUUUGUCAUCAUUACCAUUCUCCUCCUUACUUCCCUAAAUGAGAAACUCACAGUGCCAUUGGCUCGGAAAUUCACUCACAAUAUACACGGGCUCACAAGUCUUCAGAGGAUUGGAAUUGGACUUGUUUGCGCUACUGUUGCAAUGGUGGUUGCAGCAAUUGCUGAGAAAGAAAGAAGGGAUAAUGCAGUAAAAAAUCACACUAUAAUUAGUGCUUUUUGGCUGGUACCUCAGCUUUUUCUAGUGGCUACCGGGCAAGCAUUUGCCUAUGUUGGACAGCUAGAAUUUUUCAUCAGGGAGGCACCAGAGGGAAUGAAAUCUAUGAGCACUGGACUUUUCCUAACUGCAAUUUCAAUGGGGUAUUUUGUCAGUAGCUUAUUGGUGUCAAUUGUGGACAAAUUGAGUAAGAAAAAGUGGUUCAAGAGCAAUCUGAACAAGGGAAGGUUAGAUUACUUCUAUUGGCUGCUAGUUGUGCUGGGAGUACUGAAUUUUAUACUCUUUAUUGUCUUGGCAAUGAGGCAUCAUUACAAAGUUCAGCACAACAUAGAGCCUGAAGACAAUGUAGAUAAAGAGCUUGUGAUUGCAAAUGAGGUCAAAAUUGGUGUUGAUGGAAAGGAAGAAGCAUAG